GACAAGAAACCAGAAGCGUUACUUCAACCGCAAAAUAAGUUACUCUUCAAAUUUAUUUUAACACUUAUGCUAAUCCAUAGCAGUGUGAAUUACUGUUAACACCGAGUGACACUCGAUUCACUUAAGUGGAUUAAAUAAUUAAUUUAUAACAAUGUCGGGUGGAUUAGCUGGGGAACCUUCCGGUGCCUUUGGUUUUACUCAAUAUCACCUUCUUCCCGAACAUGACCCUGAUUUUGAUGAUGACAUAUGGUUAGAUAAUAUGAUUGAAGACAGAAGGGGAAUGAAGGUAACCAAUGGAACAGUAACAUUAGAGAAAGAUUCACGGAACAUGAUUGGGAUUAGCAUUGGUGGUGGAGCUCCUCAUUGUCCAUGCAUUUACAUUGUUCAGGUUUUUGAUAACACACCUGUAGCUUUUGACGGUACUUUGGAGUCUGGAGAUGAAAUUGUAGGUAUAAAUGGUCACAAUGUUAAAGGUAAAUCAAAGAUUGAGGUGGCUCAAAUGAUCAAAGACACACUUGGACCCGUUUCAUUCAAUUACAAUAAACUGCAUGCUGACCCUAAACAAGGUAAAAGCUUGGACAUUAUUCUUAAAAAAGUGAAACAUCGUAUUUGCGAGAAAAUGAGUUCUGACACUGCUGACGCACUUGGAUUAAGCCGAGCUAUUCUUUGUAAUGAUAGUUUAAUUAGGAAAUUGGAAGAGCUCGAACUUAUGGAGCUUAUGUAUAAAGGUAUAAUUGAAAGAACUCGUGAUCUUCUAAAAGCCCACCUUGAAGUUUGUCAUGUUUACAAAGCCUUUGGAGAUUUAUUCACUGAGAUUGGAGUCAAAGACAUUAACCCAGAAUCGAGUAAAGCUUUCAUCCAAUUUGGUGAAGUUCAUCGAUCUUUGGAGAAACAGGGUAUAACAAUGAUUCGCCAAAUGAAACCUCUUGUUGAGGAUUUGAACACAUUUCUUAAUAAAGCUGUGCCAGAUACGCGAUUAACGAUUAAAAAGUAUGGUGAUGUUAAAAUGGAAUAUCUGUCAUAUUGUUUGAAAGUCAAAGAGAUGGACGACGAAGAAUACGAUUGCCAAAACAUAAAUAUCCCACUUUAUCGAGUAGAGACGGGAAAUUACGAGUACCGUUUAAUCUUGAGAUGUCGCCAGGAAGCUAGGAAAAGAUUUGCUGCUUUAAGAUCUGAUGUUUUGAUCAAACUUGAAUUACUUGAUUCCCGCCAUGUUCAGGAUAUUGUUUCAGCACUACAAAGGCUCAAUUCAACAAUGUCUAAUCUACACUUAGAGUAUCAUCGACUUUUUGAGAGUCAUCGUUCAUUUCCAGUUGAAAUUGCUUUAACAACAAAUUGGUCUAUGACUUUACCUGAGGACAAUUUAGAUUCCCAUGAAGAAUCUGAUUUUAGGUGAAGAUGCCUUGAAUCAAAUAGACAUUGAAUCAGUUUACCACAAACCUUUGACAAAUUUUGGCCAAUCAUCCCACGAAAGUUACAUUGAGAAUCCAGCCAUUGGAAACUUUACCGCUGAUGAUCUUUUACACGACAUUUACCGCAAUUUUACAUAACUAAUAACCAAACCAACCAGAUCAAUUGAAAAUCAAACACAUACCUACUACUACUCCAUCAAUAAUUUAAAUCCAUUUAAUCCAUAAUUAACUGAAGUCAUUUAUAUCUUGUACUACUUUGGAUAACUGCAAACACAAAGUAUUUUCAUCAGCAAUUCUAAAUUAAUAUAAACUGAAAACAAUCAUUGAUGAAAACACUUACAAUUAUAUUGGUGCAAUAAUCAAACAUACGAAAAAAUGUCUUUUCACUAACACCGUGUUACUUAAUAUUUGUGACACACUAAACAUCAUUUAAUACCAUAUUACACUGGAUCUAGGUGUUGACUUGUUUAUUUCAAUAUGAAAAUCAUAAUGUAUUUAAAAACUGAUGCAUAAUCAUCUCGAUUAAAGGUGAUACUAAUUCAUAA